UAAAAAUAUCUCCAUAGGAAACUGCAUCACACGCGCCUCUCUCUCUCGAAGUUCGCCUCUGCAAAGUGUUACCGGGCUUCGUGAAGAAACUAGAUUCCUUCACUUUCUCGGAAACCAAACAGAAUGUGAACCGUGUUCAGUGUUCACCGUCCUCGCAAUGCCGUAUUGCUUCAGUGUUCUUGUUUCUGAACGUAUGGCUCAAAUAGGAGAUCUUCUGAGCUCAAGACCAGUGUGUAAAUAAUAGAAUAGUGUACUUGUCUUGUGAUUCAAUCUAGAGACUGCGGCUUUACGUAUGACUAUGAAGGCCAAUAUGCAGACCAGAGUAAGAGGAGGAAACACGAGACUUAACACGCAGCAGAUGAUUUUUGAGUUAAAGAACAAGGUCGUCCUUGCCUUAAACAAGCUUGCGGAUAGAGAUACAUAUCAAAUAGGAGUUGAGGAGCUUGAGAAAACAGUCGAACAUCUUGCCCCUGAUAAAGUUUCGUCUUUCCUGUCUUGUAUACUGGACAUUGAUCCAGAGCAGAAGAGCGCAGUUCGAAAAGAAUGCAUCAGAUUGAUGGGUACAUUAGCUAGGUUUCAUGAAGGGCUUGUUGGACCAUAUCUGGGUAAGAUGGUUUCGAGCAUUGUUAAGCGGCUCAAGGAUCCGGAUUCAAUUGUGAGAGAUGCUUGUGUCGAAACAAUGGGUGUCUUGGCUUCGAAAAUGAGUUGCUAUGAAGACCAGAACUAUGGGGUAUUCAUUUCUCUUGUGAAACCACUUUUUGAAGCUAUUGGUGAACAAAAUAAGUACAUACAGUCAGGUUCAGCCUUAUGCUUGGCAAGAGUCAUGGAUAACACUCCUGAUCCCCCGGUUCCACUUCUUCAACGCAUGUUAACCCGGACAGUAAAACUGCUGAAUAACCCACAUUUCAUGGCAAAACCAGCAGUCAUUGAGCUUAACAGAAGUAUUAUCCAGGCUGGUGGGGCAACGACAAAGAGUGUUCUGUUCUCAGCAAUGACCAGCUUACAAGAUUCACUUAAGAAUAGUGACUGGACAACUCGCAAGGCUGCUGCUGUUGCACUUACUGCAAUAGCUUCUACUGGUGGAAGUUUUCUUGGACCUCUGAAGGCUUCAUGCAUUCGCUCCCUUGAAUCCUGUCGCUUUGAUAAAGUGAAACCAGUGAGAGACUCGGUCGUUCUUGCUCUGCAAUACUGGAAAGGAGUUCAUGGAUCCGGUAGUCCUGAACCAUCUGAAACUGGGUCCUCCGUAAAAGAAAGUUUCGGUGGAGCACGUGAAAGUAAUGAAUCUGUCAGCACCAGUGAAUCCAAAUUCAGGGAUGCUACGUCAAAGAAAUAUGUCACGGAUUUGGCAAGAAACAGAAUCCCUUUUUCUGCCAGAAAAGCACCUGCAAGUUACUGUGAAGACACCCCGAAAUCCAAACAUGACAAUUGGCAGAUUGAAAUUGCAGUCCCCAAAUCUCCACUUGUCUCCAGGGUUGACAUUCAUAAUGAGGAAUCAGAGGGCAGUUGCACUACAAAGAUGUUUGUGAGGAAGACGGCUGAUGUAGCAAGCACAACUGAAAUGACAUAUGAGUACAUCCCAAUGGAUGACAAGCCAGAGUCUUGUGUUACAAACAAUGUCAAUGAAGAUGAAGAUAUCAAGUCUAUGACAGUGUCUUCCAGCAGUUUUCCCCCGGGUGUUACAAUGAAGCCGGCUGUAAGGAAUAAGCAGUUUGUAGCUGAGGAAAUUGAUACUGAAGAACAGCCAUUCUCAACAAAGCUGAGGGACCGUAUAAGCCUCGACUCUACUGUGACAGUGUCAAGCACUCAAAUUAAUCAUGAUUGCUGUGCCCAAAUAGCCGAUGAAAUGGCUUCCAUCCGUAAACAACUCUCAGAUAUCGAGAAUAAGCAGGCAAGCUUAAUCGAUCAUCUGCAGGUAUUCUCAACAGGAGUUAUGAACAGCUUGUCCGUUCUGCAGUCGAAGGUGUUAAGUUUAGAAUAUGCAGUGGAGGGGAUAGCUCAGAACUUUGUGUCAAAUAGAAGCUUUUCAGAUUUGUCAAACUCCAAUUUUGUGAAGCAUAACCAAGGCAUCUUGUCUCCAAGGCUCUCUAGUUGCACUCCGAGGCCUUCCACGGACAGUCGUAACUGGCAGUCUACAUUAUCAAGUACAAAGUACUCAGCGACACGAGAGAACAAAGGGCAAGGAAGAAGCGUCAGACUACAGGAACCUACUAAUACUAAACAAGGUGUCAUCAACACACGCAGCAAUCCCGUUGGAAAGGUUAGUCACCGAGCUAGGGAAGACAUAUGGAGCAGCAUUAGGCAAGGAACUGAAACUAUAGUCCAAACCCGGAAAAUUCAUGCUUCUUCUGACUCGAGUCAAAGUACUAGUAGACAACAUCAUGCAGAGUCGAGGAAACUUGUGAAAGGCGUUUCUUGUGAAGACGAGCUUGAAUCUGAGUACAUGGAAAUGCUUUCUUCCGAUGAUGAACUGGCGCUUUUCGAGCUUCUCGAUAGAACUGGUCCCGUCCUCGACAGUUUAUCAUCGCGUACAGUAAAUGACCUUCUCGGCAUUCUGGUCUCGUACCUCCUAGAAAGAAGAUUCAUGAACUCGAUACUUCCUUGGUUAUAUCAGGUUGUGGACCUGAGUGUUGCUCGUGGACCGAAUUACUUGGUUCCCUCCGCGAAGACGAGAGCUGAACUGUUGGCUGCAGUUCAGGAGGCUGCAGGGACGGACUUCUCGAAUCUUUCCGAGAAAAGAUUAGUCACACAACUCGCCGCGAAGUUACACAAAUUAUGGGGGAAAUAGGCAGUGUUCGUGACCAGAGAGCGGUGAAUUGAAAAUCUCUGCCGCUACUAUGGAAACCGAAACAUCCUUAUUACAUUCCGAUGCAAGUGAUGUAUCGGUGUCUCAGUGAUCAAAGUACAAAUACUCGUCUUGUUGCAAAAAAAAAAAAAAAGUGUUCCGAAUCUCCUUUCCAUGGACAUGAAUUUUCAGCUUAUCAACACGCCGUGUUUGUGUCUGUGACUGUGAUGUAUGUAUUAUUCCUUUUAUGUUUUUGCCAGAGGAAGAACGAAUCACUUGGAUUUA